AUGAUCAACGCCGUCCUCGUCUUCAACAACAACGGACAACCCCGUUUAACCAAGUUCUACACACAGAUUGACACCCAAACCAAACAAUCCCUAAUCGCGCAAAUCUACAACCUCGUUUCCCAACGCCCCGCCAGCGCCUGUAACUUCCUCCCCCUCCCUCCACUUCUCUCCCGCGGCGCAAGCUCUGGCGCAGAAAAUGGCCCCUCCGACGCGCCAACCCAAAUCACUUACCGCAACUAUGCCACUUUGUCGUUCAUCAUGAUCUCCACGUCGAUGGAGUCGCCGCUUGCCCUGAUCGAUCUAAUUCAGGUCUUCGUGGAGGCGCUGGAUCGCAUGUUCGAGAACGUGUGUGAGCUGGAUCUCAUCUUCGGGUAUGAGACCAUGCACGCGGUUUUGAGUGAGAUGAUUGUUGGGGGUGUGGUGGUGGAGACGAAUAUUGACAAGAUUGUCUCGGCGGUGAGGGAUCAAGAGGGUAAUUUGGGGAAAAAGAAGGCUAUUCAGGCGGCUAGUUCGGGGAUUGGGAGGACGGGCCUGCCUGGGUUGGGGGCUUGGAGGUAA